AUGGACACUGAAGAUCGGCUGGUCAGCGUGCUUCCUAUCCGCUACUCGAACGCGCUGUUGCCAAACGUCCACAUUCACCAAUAUCCGCUAUUGACGCGCCCGCUGCAAGUACCGCCAUCUGCCUCAGCCAGUGGAAAACGUAUCAAGGCACGCAUCAAGCGCGGAGUACGCAGACUCGAGGUGCAUGUGCCUGUGGACACGCGUCCAGAGGUGUGGAACGGCGAGCGGUCGAAGGAACUUGGCCAUGCGCGGGUCGAGGAUGACAGAGAGAAGAACCAGGAGCUGCCGAAGAUGAAGCAGCGGGAGGGGGAGGAGCCCCGCCUGAGCGAGGUGCGCAUGCGGAGCGAGCAGAUACCGGAGAUGGGGACCUACGUGCUGGGAAUCGUCCGAGAUGGCCAACUGCACCUGCACCCAAUUAACGAGGUGCACCAAUUCCGGCCCACGCUGACGUACAUGGACGUGCUGUCGCGGAAGAGUCGACGACACCGACCAGGCGGGGAGUCGGACGAGGAGUCGGAUGAGGGCCCGCCUCCGGACCCUGACGAACCUGUCCCUGCGCCGGCGCUGAAGAAAGUGAAGAAGCCCACGGCGGACGCGAAGGAGGUCCAGGUGGCUGUCCGGAAGUCGGGAGAUGAUAGAAGCGUGCAGUUUCAGGGAGGCUUAAGUGCUGUGAGGAGGGAGAUGCUGACAAUGAUUCACGCGGAAGAGGACGAAAAGUGGGAGGAUUAUGAGUAUUGCGAUGGAGAGGCUGAAGAGUCCAACAUUGCCUUCGAGGCUGUUUUCUCACAUAGCAAUGAGGAGCUGCAGUGUACGACGGACGUCACGAGCGUACUGAAAGAAAUUCCUGGGUUGUAG